GCUCGACAACUUGAGAAAGAUCCAGUAAGCAAACUUGUAAUAAAACAGGAGUCCCUGCAGGAGCGAUUGGCCCAGCUCCAGAGUGAAAACCUUUUUACUCCAUCAGCAAUGGGAAGAGAUGCAGAACAAGAGGAUCAUGAAAGAAAAAAUAGCGGAUUAUGGGCAGGACCGGUUUAAUGACAUUUUCAACAAACUUAGAGCUGAUACAGAAAAGCAAGUUUAUCUAAUAGAAGAGCGAAACAAGGAUUUAAAUGCCAAGCGUACUGAUUUAAGGGAACAAGUCUUUAAAUACGAGACUGACGUAGUAGAAAGACAGGGCAUGUUUGGACAACUGCAGCAGGAGCUUGCUGCUGCACUUAAAAAGCAAUCUAUGCCAGAAGCUUCACUUGAAGUUACUACGCGCUACCACAGUGACCUGGAGAGAGACAAGCUGCGCUUGCAAAAGGAGUUGGAAAAAACGGUGAAAACUAAGACGCAGAAGCAGAACAUGCUGGCUCUGACAUCCAAGGACUUGCACAGCACGUGGGAGGAGCACUUGAAGUCAAGAUCCCACCUUGAAGAGCGCGUUGCUCAGCUGGACGAGGAGAAGGCUGAACUGUUGCAACAGUGCGAGAGUGAAAGAAAGGAAGUGAAGAAGCUGGUAGAGUUGAAACGCCCAGCUGAACUACGUCUGGCCCAAGAAAUGAAAAGAAACCUCGAUCUGCAGAAAGACUGUAAGAGGUUGAAGAGGCUGCUGAGCAGAGCUACGAAGGAACUAAGGGUGUAUGAGGAGAGAGGGGGACUGUCCCAGCUUAAUUUGCAGGGAGAAGUGAAGAACAGGUAUUCUGAAGUGGUCAAUGAAAUUGGCAGAUUAAGAACAAAGGGAUCACGUCUACAAUAACAGAACGCUGCUAAUACACUGAGGAUCAGCUAAGGAAAGUGACUGUACAUCAGCCACUUUGGUCGGCGAGAACACUGCCAGAGCGAACAGGCUUGAUAAAGCUGUGAAGGCUCAUUCCAGAAAGCAAAAUGAAGGUUUUAGGAGCUGUACCAUUAUUAGCGAUGAAGAAAAAGAAGGUAUUUCACAGGGCUGAAUCUUCUCCCUAAAAAGUGGUACCAGAUUCCUGUCCUGUUGUCAUCAAUAUUUUCACUGCUAAUCACAGUGAAGUGUGUCCCUCUCUCUGAUUGAGGAUUUCUUUCCCAUCUCUCCGUUUUUCACAAACUCAUUGGCAAGAGACAGUUUCUAAGAGGAAGAAGUGUGCUGCCAAGGUGUUCCAUGAGUCAAACCAUCUAGGGUAUACUGGACUGUGACAUCACCCCAAAACCUUAUGGUACUUAUAAUAAGGUUUCACCACGCUGAACUACCUAGCGGCAUCACCGCAGCAGUAGAAUAGGAGGAUGGUUCCCAACUUAUCUACACCAAAGGCGUGACCUGUCUUUUGAUUUCUGGACCACGUUUCCAUACCCUCAGUGCGCGUUUGUGUUCUUUUGUGGCAGUGCCAGCUCGGCCACAUUUACUGGAAAGUAACUUUCUGACCCUGUCAUGGCAAGGCAGGUAACUAGAUGGUGCCUACAGCCCCCCCCAGCCCCCCUCCCGCUGUAUUAACCCUUGCUGUUUGUUCCUUUGGCAUCCAUUUGCCCAGGGCUAACGAUGGCACACAAGCAGGACUGCUCAACAAGCUAGGAGGCAAACUGCUCGCAGAGCUGUUUUGGCCGUAACUCCCUGACGAGAUGCCCUUGCCCUGAACGACAAGCGCUUUCCCAGUUUGAGCCAUUUGCUUUUAAAACCGACUCGCCCGA